UUAGCUCCUAGACAACAGGCGCAAACAAUAAAAAUGGCGAUAUCGUACUACUUGUUUGUCAUUUUACAACUUUUAAGUAUCUUUUCUGUUCUGUCUGAAUAUUCUAUUAAACUCGAAAUGAGAGACGACUGCAACCAAAAGAAAGAUACUCACGACCAAUAUUUUGAUAUAACUCAUCUUAAAUGUCGUUUCUGUUCCCAAAAUAAGACUAUACAAUCAGUUUCUAAUGAUGGUUUAUUUUGUGUAUGCAAUCCAGGAUACAGAUAUAGCAAAAACAUGGCACCCCGAGCAGUAAAAUGCGUAAAAUGUGGAGCAAACCAGGUCACUUCAGAAGAUGGUUGGAGUUGUGUCUACUGUCACAACAAUACUUUGUCAAGCAGCAAUGAAUGUACAUCGUGUAUAGGCAAGAAUAUAACAGUGGAGAGAAAAUUGGAUGGGGAAUGGAAUAAAAAUUCCCUGGAUCAGGCUGUCCGAAACUGUGUCCCAUGUAAAGGAAGUACCAUACCCAAUGACGAAAAAAACAGGUGUGUCCGGUGUACACAGGUCCUGUCAGUAUUACCAAAUUAUACAAACUGUACUUGUCCACGUUCAAAUAAGGUUGGAGAUUUUUGUUUCCAAAAAAAAAGUGAUAUCAUAGCAAGGCCAUCUUACUACAUACGAUUAAGUAGUGAUGAUUUGGUGGAAUCCCAUCUUCUUAGACAGAACCUCAUCAUUUCAUACGGAAUGUGUCAUGCCAGUUAUUAUAACAGCACAGCUUGUCAGUCCCUGGGCAACAUGUGUGUUCUGCUUUAUGCCACCCACUUGGUGCGUAAAUUAAGCCCACAAAUCCAGGCGUGCACUCUGUUUCGAAACUUGUCAAAGCUGGCAAAACCACCUGUUAAUGAAGAAUAUGAGGUCAGUGAUUGGCCAUAUAACAUGCCUUGGCUGUAUUAUACCUCAUUGACGGUGAAUGUACUGAACAGUCCUAGUUUACCAGUUGAGUUUACUGUGAAGCCACCUAUGCAGCUCAAGUUCAUUGUUGUAAUGUAUUCAUUUGAGGGUCAAUAUCUGGGGAUGAAGAGUGUCAACGGUGGUGUUUUGCAGCUAUGUAAAAUGAAUGACGUGAGGAUGGAUGCAAUUUGGACUUUUGGAACAACAUAUUCAAGCAAGUGUUACUUGAAGAUAAGGGAUCUCUUUGACAACCAGACUUAUCCCUUGAUUUUCUAUGAUCUUUAUUUGCGGUACACUCACAAUAGUGAGGACCGGCUGUAUGCCGUUCCCAUUGUUAUUGAAAACCAUGUUGGAGAAAAUAACGUCAGAGUCAACAAAGAACAAGUAGACAAAUGGGUUUUAACCAGACGGUUUUUCCUUGUUGACAAUGUGUCUACUCGGAAAUUGGUGAAACCAGGAAAUGUUUAUGUCAAUAACUAUGUACGAUUUGCUCAGUACAUGAAGUUUGUCUUCCGACUGCAACCCACAAAAAAUGGCCUCAUUUAUCCUCCAUAUUUGAAAAUUUUGUAUGGCGAAAAGUCUUGGGCUUCUGCAGUUGCACUCAAAAAUGUCCCGAUAAUAUUCAAAUCUGAAUAUCUACAAGAUGAAACCGGUAUUGAAAACAGCAUCAAUAUAGCUUUUGGAACAUUGAGUGUCUUUGCAAUAAUCUUCGCUGGUUUUAAUACAUGGGCAUGGUCAAAGAGAUCGGCACGCAUUUCUAUAGACUUUGCCACCUUGGUUAACCUGUUUCUUAACAUGUGUGCUUCACUUGGUAGUGUCUUUUUCUUUACAAUACUUGGCAUUGGUAUAUAUUUUCUUCUCUUCUUCAAACAACAGAACACAGUGAUAAUUCUACCAAUGUCUAGUCCUUUACUGAAAGAAAUGUUUUCUUCAUUUAUCGUAGUCACGUUUUGCUUGAAGUUUUUCCACAUGAUUCAACUACUUGUUCGGCAGUGCACUGUGGACAUGUUUUUCAUUGACUGGGAAAAACCAAAAAGUAACCAGAAAGAUUCCUCUGUGUCUGCUUGGAGAGUUUUAUUUGUUGCCAAUGAAUGGGUCGAAAUUCAAACUUCCCGACGUAUUAACAUUGUAUUUCAGCUUUUAGCAUUGUUGUUCCUGCUCGUAGUUGUCGGCUUCGAAAAUUUGGCAUUCAAUGAUGCCAGUUCUAGCUUCACAGCCCCUGACACUAGCAACGUGGUUCCACAAAACCAGGUUUUCAGGUUUACUCUGUCGACCACCUUGUAUCUUUUGGUUGCUAUUUGCCAGUGGCUGUACAAAGUUAUAUUCUAUGAGAGGUUUAUUGAAGACAUCAUGCAGCAGUUUAUUGAUCUAUGUUCAUUGAGUAACAUCAGCGUCUUCAUGAUGGAUCAUCUGCUACAUGGAUAUUAUAUCCAUGGGCGGUCUGUGCAUGGGAAAGCAGAUACAAACUUUCGAGGCAUUCAGAAGAUGAUGUCUCGAGAACAGAAUGAUCUUUGCAGUGAGCGAGGCUUGCUCCCUAAUACCGAACAGCAAUCCUUUGAAAUGUCAUUACCUAACAAAUUACGAUCGUGCUACGUACAGAUUAUGAUGCCAGUAACCUUCAAGCAGGGAGGUACCCGUAUGGAGAAUGGUAACAUUGGCCCCAGUCAUGAUAUUCUUCGUGCGCAUGAGACAAUGAACAAGUAUUUGUCUUCCUUCAUUGACCACUCUUUGAAAGAUGCUGAUUAUUCUGUGAAAGAUAAAACAUUCUUGGAAAACGUGUUGAAUGCUGAGUUUAUUGAUACAUCUAUUCAAGGAAUAUUUUACAAUGAUAAUGGUCAUUCCUUUGAUCGUCUUCUCUUCUAUGGUCAUGAAAUUCUGUUAGUGCAAUUUGAAAUCCUUCUCUUCAAUGUAGUUGAUCUUAUUUGGCAGAACUUCAUCUUGGCAGCUGCUCUUACUUAUGUUGGAUAUUCACUUAUUUCCCUCAUACGGCAAGGAGGAAGCAAGAAGAACAUUGCAAGGAAAACACUUGUAGAUAGACGCUUUCUGAUUUAAAUUCUGAAGACUAUUCACAGCCACUUUCAAGGAGGGUGCCUUGUUCAAACUCAAAACAAGUUUGUGGUGGUUGUAUCAGUGACCAGUUCAAUCUAGUCCUUGCUCCUCUUGAAUGUAAACUUUUUUUUUUUAGACAGGGAGCUUCUUAUGUUUUGGUUUGAACUGAAAAAAUUUCAACAGGCCACAUUGAUCUUGUGAUAUUUGAGAAGGAAAGAAAACAAACAAACAUUUCAAACAAAAAGAAAGACGGACAGGAUUGUGUUGCAAGAUUCUCUGAACUUAAACUGAAUAAGCAUUCUAUAUGUGGUUGGUGAAAGGUUAAAAAUAUUUAUUUACAUGAUGUAACAAACAAUUUAACAAAUUGCAAUUGAAAAACGGUAAAUUAUAUAUGAAUCAAUAUUCACUACUUAGUCAUAGAAUAGCUGAUGGCCACAAGAGGACACUGAUUCACAUUGAAUAUAUGUAUAUAUAUUUUUUAUUUUUUGUAUAUAAUAUAGUUAAGAGAGAGAAGGUGACUGUUAUACUGGUCUAAGGUUUAAUUUACAUAUGUGUGUGUAUGUUGGAGGAGGUUGUUAUAAUUGUAUAACAAUUUUCCCUGAAAUGUGAAUGUUUUUUUUUUUUUUUAAAUAUUACAUUUACAAUUAUAUUGUAUAGUUUAGUGCCAAAUCUAUUUAAGAUUCAAAUAUUGGAAAACUUAAGCUUUAAAAGUCUUGCAUACAAGACUUAUACAUAUAUCUAAAAAAAUCUGAAAGAAAUGAAGUUAUACUGACUUGAGCAUUCAAACAAACUUUUUUUUUCUCUUCUUAAUAUAAAGAAAAAGUGAUGAAAUUGUUCAAUUUAAUUUUUUUAAUCAACCAUUAUUUAAAAAAAAAAUUAGGUAAAUCUCUUGUACUAGUAAGAUGAAAAGUGCCAAUCAUUUUUCCUUUUCAAAGACUAUGCAUACUUUUCUAUAUAUCUAUUCAUAUCUAAAUAAAAAAAAAAUUUCAAGUUUGAAAGAAUUUUUUUAUUAUUGGGAAAAUAAUGGUAAGAAUUAACUAAAAUGUUAAGCCUUGUUCUUUAUGGCCAUUCUAUGUAAUUGUCUUUUCUCAUUCACAUACAUGCUGGUAAGGACAACACUGUUGUUGACAACAAAAUGAAACUAAAACCAUGCAUUUUGUUCUGUCAUUUUUCCAAGAUUAACAUAACUUGAGGAAAUUAAUUUGAAUUUCACUAGUUAUUUUUCUACAACUAUUUGUGUAGGAGGUUAAAAAAAAAAAAAAGUAUUGUAGUGCAUGUACUUAAACAGACCCAUCUUCUGUCAACCAGUGAAGCAGAUUUAUUCUCUCUUGUGAUCAAACACAGCUAUUUUUUUUUUAAUAAAUAAAACUAAAAGACAAUUUAAAAUUUCACCACAAAUCUUUAUCACUGGGUAGCUUCUUGGUACUAGGUUUAUUCUCUCUCUUACAGAUCCUUAUUGUUUUAACAAUAGAGCAAGUCUCACCCGGAGGCAUCCCUGAAAUAUGGAAAAGGAUAAAAAAAAGAAAAAUGCCCCUCACUCCAUUUGCAAAUCUGAAAACUUAAUUCAGAUUAUUUUUUUUCCCCCUUUUUUUUAAUUCAUUCUGUACAUUCUUUUUAUAAAGUUCCAUGUUCAAAUUGUUUCAGAUUUGUUUUGUUUUAUUUAUUUUUUUUUGCAAUAUAUU